GCCCCAGCAGAUGCCCCCUAACUUCGGCCCUGCAGCUUCUUCAACCAUUUCAGCAGCAUGUUCGACAACAACAACCAGGUGGGUAACAACCAGGUGUGGGGUGCGUGCCACCUCCCUGCCCGCUCCCCUCCUGAGCAGCAGUAUUCUGCCCCCCCCGCCUACAUGGGACAGAUGGAUGGCAUGAUGGCCCCUCCUCCAGACAGCUCCAAGGCCCCUGGGUACCGCUCUGCCUCACAGAGGAUGGUCAACAGUCCUAUUGCUCUGAGUCUGACCAGCUAUGCUACCAGUAUGUCUGGUAGUCCAGUCUAUCUGCACGGCCCAGCAGCUGUGGGCCCCCCCUCCUUCAGCAGACAGCACUUCUCCCCUCACCCCUGGAGCGCUGACACAUCAGGCGAGUCCCAGGCGGUGCCCCCUCCCUCCAAGGUGUCGUCGUCUGGCCCCGUGGCCCCCACUCCCCACCAGGGCAAGCAGGGCCAGGGCAGCAGCCAGCAGGACAGGAAGGUGCCUCCUCCCAUCGGGACAGAGAGGCUGGCGAGGAUCAGACAGACCACUGUCAACCCUCCUCUCCUCCAGACCUCCUACACCGCUCCUGUCGGACAGGGAGGCAUAUGGUCCUUCGGAGUCGGCAGCGCCUCGGAAGCCAUGUCAGGUUGGUCUCAGCCCCUGAUGGGCAGUCACAUGGUCCACCCUGGGCUGCAGGCGGACCACACCUUCUCCCAGUACCAGCCCAUGGAGCAGGACGACACCGGCAUCUCUAACCCCGCUAACUACCACCAGCAACACAUCAACCACCCCAACAACUACAUGGACUUCCCUAAGGGUAUGGCCAUGUCGAUGUAUGGAGGGACCAUGCUGCCCCCCAACCCCCCUAUGGGAGAGGGUCCAGGGGGGGCCAUGUUCAACGGGCUGCAUGCUGCCGACCCUGCAUGGAGCCCCAUCAUCAAGGUGGUCCCCAACAACGCAGACAACACCGACCCACAGCAGGUGUGGCCUGGUACCUGGGCUCCUCACGUGCACCUGAACCACGUCAACUAGCCGGCUGGCUUCGACAGAAAUCAAACGCACACACACAACACAAACAUGAAUUUAAUUUCCAACUGACAACAAAAAUCAACAGAAUUGUAAAACAUGUUAACUUUAGUAGAGAACGAAGAGCAAAGCAGAGUUUGAAGAAAUGGAGAGAAAUGAUCUUUACACCGUUCUUUAAUGUGCCUAACUCAAAAUAAGAAAUAAAGAAAUAUACUACCAUUUCAGCGAUGGCUGUUGUGGAGUCGGGAGGGAAAACUCUGGGCCCUAGUUCUGUUUAAAGUCCUGUUGAUGUCUGAUGAAUAAACUGACAGCCUGUCCAACCGGCUCCAUGCUCUGUAGCUUAGAUUUAGGACUUCGACUCGCGUACAGAGUUCUCGUUCUCCUCAGGGGGAGAGCUGAUGAUGACGUAGCUAAUGAUACUCAGCCAACAACUAGAGGAUGAUGAUUACCUAAAGAGAGGAAGAAAUCAGAAUACCUUUUAGUGGUAAAUACAUGUAUAAUUGUUUACAUACUAAAAAGGGUUAAAAUGAGAGUACAUUUCAUGUCGUAUAGUGGCUCUACUUUACGUAGCCUGUAUUAAUGUGAAAUAUUUACCUUAAUAUUCAAUAAACAUAUUGAAAUGUA